UAAUUUGACAGCUAUAGCCUAUAGCCUUUGAGGCUUUCUAUGCCUACGAGCUUAAUUUACAAGUUUGUUUACAAAAAGUUGUGAGUUAUGUAAUUGAGGAAGCUGAACCUCUUGUGAAACAUUCAAGUAACCUGAAAGAAUUACCGAUAAAAUGAACAGUGAAGCAAACAAUCAAUCCACAGUUCCUAAAAAAGGGCCUAAUGAUUUCAUUUUCGGACGUGUGCUUGGAGAUGGGAGCUUUUCAACCGUUUAUUUGGCUAAAGAUAUACAAACAGGAAAAGAAUUUGCAAUCAAAGUAUGUGAAAAACGUCACAUCAUGAGAGAGAAAAAACAGCAGUAUGUUAAAAGAGAAAAAGAAGUCCUGAUGCUUUUAAGUGACAAAGUUAAAACCUCAGCUCCUUUUUUUGUGAGACUCUAUUGUACAUUUCAUGAUCAUAGUUCACUAUAUUUUGUUCUCACACGUGCUACAAAUGGUGAUUUACUAACCUAUCUUCAAAAAGCAGAGAAAUUUGAUGAAGAAGUAGCACAGUUCUAUACUGCAGAACUGGUCCAUGCAGUUGAACACAUGCACCUAUUGGGAGUCGUUCACCGGGAUCUAAAACCCGAGAAUAUAUUGCUAGACACACACAGACAUAUUCUGAUUACAGAUUUUGGUUCAGCCAAAAUAAUACCCCAGCCUCCAUUUUUACCAGAUGCAGAUAAUUCUAGUGAAGGCACCGCUCGACGUAGCAGCUUUGUUGGAACAGCACAAUAUGUGUCGCCCGAGAUUCUUACUGACAAGCGUUCUUCACCAGCAUCCGAUUUAUGGGCGAUCGGAUGCGUAUUGUAUCAAAUGCUAGAAGGCAAUCCUCCAUUUCAAGCAAGGAGUGAAUAUGCCAUCUUCCAGAAAAUCCUCAAAUUGGAAUUUGAAUAUCCCGCUCUUUUCCCGUCCGUUGCCCAAGAUUUUAUUUCAAAAUUACUAGUGAUUGAUUCAAAAGAAAGGUUGGGAGCCCAAGAUUUUGGUGGCUACCCUUCCAUCAAACAGCAUAGAUUUUUCCAGUCCAUAGAUUUCGAAACACUAUAUCUCAAAACACCCCCUUGUCCAAGCAAAUGCAGGGAUACUGUAGAUUUGGAGUCUGAAGCGAGUGAUCCGUCCGAAUUCCUAAACGCAGAACCAGGUCUCAGUGGACAACAGUUGAGCAAACUACUUGGUCUCCACCUCAACGAUGAGUCCUCAGACGCAAGUCGAAAGUCCGCCCCAGAACCUUCCAGAGAAACAUCUUCGUCAAUAAGUAGCACAACUAGUGUGCCUCCUCCACCCGCAAAAAAGGGUUUAAUCCAUUUUCCAGAAAAUGAACAACAACUUCAAGCCAGACUACUUCAACAACAAAAAACGCAGCCACAAUGGCACAAUUUGGUUGAUAAAAAGCUCAUCUUAAAACAAGGGCUUAUCGAUAAGCGAAAGGGUCUAUUUUCACGCCGAAGAAUGUUUUUACUAACACUGGGGCCUAAUCUUUACUAUGUGGACCCAUCUAAUAUGGUGUUGAAAGGACAAGUUCCUUUUGGCUUGACGUUAAAGGCGGAGCCAAAAAAUUUCAAAAACUUUCACAUUCAUACGCCUGGAAGAACAUACUACCUUGAAGAUUCUGAAGGAUUUGCAUUAGAGUGGUGUAAAGCGUUAGAAGAAGUUCGAAAACAUUAUUACGACUGAAUAUAAUAAAUAGUCUGUGGUAAAGAUAAACCUUGUAAAAAUAAAUUGCAAAUUACUAAUGUUCCUUAACGUUACAUACACUGUUCCGAAAUCAUA